AUGAUAGAGCCAUUUCAAGCAACGUUUGCGGUCCCCUUGACCUGCGAGAGCUGCAUCAGGGAUGUCUCGAAGCCUCUCUACGAGCUGGCGGGGAUCAGGAAGGUCGAAGCCAACCUGAAGGACCAGCUGGUGAUGGUCGAGGGCAGCGCUGCGCCCUCUGCCAUCGUGGCUGCUAUCCAGUCUACCGGUAGAGACGCGAUUUUACGUGGUAGCGGGACGUCAAACAAUGCCUCCGUGUGCAUUCUCGAAACACACAAGAGUGAUGUCAGCAACAAAAUCCGCGGACUUGCACGUAUGGUCCAGGUCUCCAGCGGCCUGACGAUAUUCGACCUGACCAUCAACGGACUCUCGGCCGGACGGUACUGGGCAACCAUCCGGGAGACGGGCGACAUAUCUCGGGGCCCGGCAUCGACGGGCGGAGUCUGGGAGGCGCAGAAGGAAGAGAGACAGGGCGAGCCGCGAGGGAUAUUGGGCAGUGUUGAUGUCGAUGAGACCGGAAAGGGAAGCGUCUUUCUCGACCGGCCGAUCGCGGUCUGGGAGAUGAUCGGACGUGGUAUGGUCGUGUCCAGAGACAGGGACGGCCCGCUGAGGGAGGACGACGGUGAUACGAUCGUGGGAGUCGUUGCGCGCAGUGCCGGCGUCUGGGACAAUGAAAAGAUGACCGCCAUCAGGACACCGUCAAUCGAAGGCAAACGUCCAGCGGCAAAGGAGACUGGGGCAUACAUCAUGUCUUUGAAGCAGGAGAUCGAGACUUGGGUUCAGGCCCUCGCCCACUACGAUAACAACGAGUUCGAGGAUGCCAUCUCGGUCUUCGGGGGCAUCGCAGAUACGUCCAAGAUCCUGUUCAACUGCGGUGUCAUCUACGCUACGCUGGGGGAACAUUCCAAGGCAGUUGACUGCUACCAACGAGCUAUCGCCCUCGACAAAUACCUUGCCAUAGCAUACUUCCAGCAGGGCGUGUCCAAUUUCCUGAUCGGCGACUUCGAGGAGGCUCUCGCCAACUUCAACGAUACCCUGCUCUACCUCCGCGGCAACACGACCAUCGACUACGAGCAGCUGGGCCUCAAGUACAAGCUCUACUCGUGCGAGGUGCUCUUCAAUCGGGGGCUAUGCUAUAUAUAUCUGCAGGAGGUGGAGUCGGGCAUGAACGAUCUGACAUAUGCGGCAAAGGAAAAAGCAAAACCAGACCACGACGUUAUCGAUGAAGCUAUUGCAGAAACCGCAGAGGGAUACACUGUCUUCUCGAUCCCCGUCGGGGUUAUAUAUCGUCCCAGUGACGCCAAAGUCAAGAAUCUCAAAACAAAAGAAUACCUGGGAAAGGCACGGCUGGUGGCAGCUUCUGACCGAGCAAACACAUUCACGGGCUUCCAGGGCACAGAGACCAAGAUCCCCGCCUUCGAGAGCUCUCGAGAUGACCGUCCCCCGGAGACCAUCUCGUACGGCGCCACCAAUCUCGUGCAGAAGAACCUCGGGGCUAGGAGCAGACAGCAGUCUGAACCGCCGAUCAGCCGCAAUGCCUUCCCUCCUACACCGCCGCCGGACGAGAAGGCUGCCUCUCUUGUGCCUAGUAACGGGUCGACAGGCAGCGUUUCCAGUCUGGCCCGUAAACAGUCUCUGACACGGGCAUCUCGGCCUCCUGUUCUUGAGCUUGGACGGCCCAUCGAACAGCCGAAUAACGGAAACAUUAAUAAUGGUGUACCGGCGGACGCACAGUCAAAAGUGCAGCAGGAGAGGCCGAGAGUUGGAACAAUACGGACAGCCUCUGAGCCACGAGGCCCAGCCUCCAGACUCUCGGCUAUACGAUACGGUCCGCCAAUCGGGAGGCUUCUAUUCCGUGAGACCACAGGACAGCAUCGACGGCCGGUGUCAAACAUCGCCCCGCUCUGUGAAGAACCACAGGCUUACUACAACAUGUACGGCCAAAACGCCGCAGCAUACGCAAACGAGAACGGCCUGGCAUCCAAACCCUCCCGGCUACCAGAAUACAUUGACGAGGAGGGCUAUGGAUCAGACACCUUUGACGACGACUCCGGCGACGGCAUCCACUUCGAAAUGGUCGGAGCCCACCCGCCACAGCAUCAGAUGUCAGGCCGACGCCGUGGCUCGUCCAGACGGCCAGAGAUAAAGAAGAUCCGCGUCAAGGUCCAUGCCGAUUCAGACACUCGCUUCAUCAUGAUAACACCCACAACACAAUACCUCGAGUUUGAAACCAAGAUCCGUGAAAAGUUCGGAUUCCGAGGAAACCUGAAGAUCAAGAUGCAGGAUGAUGGCGAUAUGGUCACGCUGGGGGACCAGGACGAUCUGGAUAUGCUGAUUACCGCAGCCAAGCAAGCGGCGAGGAAAGAGAAUAACGAAAUGGGCAAGACGGAGUCCUCGACCAUGACGGACCUUACUCCCGCAGUCAAUGAGCUGCUAAAGUCUCGGGGCAGCUCGAUACUCUCCGGCCAAACCACCAAACCCUCAGAAUUCCAAGGCGUUGACGAGUUCCUCAAGGAAGCGCAUAGAAUUAACUUCCACAUCUCCUCACUCUUAGCAUAUCUAAAAUCUAUUCGAACAACAUAUCUCUCCGCCGCACCAGCCCGAACUACAAGCAGUAAUAACCCAGACUUCAACCCCAACCCACUAAACCCAGGCUCAAUAUCAACACACCUCACCGAUCCAGACCGCGACGCAAUCGAUUCAUCUACCGCAUCUCUACUACAGGACCUUUCACGAUCGAUAGGAAACCUUGCAUCGGCCGAGUCUCUCCGGUCCCAGACCCAAGCUUCCAUAUUACGCAAGAAGUACGGUCAUGGAAAGUUGAAUGAACGAUUAUGGCAAUGGGCUGGCGGCGGUGGGGGUGUGGUAGAAGUUCCUCGUACGCCUGAACAGGAGCAAGCAGAAGAUACCGAGAAGAACUUGACGGGUGUGAGAGAGAGCGUGCUCUGGUUUCUACGGCGGGGGUUAGAGUCUGCUGCUGAAGUGCAGAGAGGGAUGGUAGAAAAGAGAAUCGAGAGGGUCAGAGAGAAGGAGAAGAGUGUUCUUUAUAAGUCCAAGGCGAACGCUGCGGGGCAGACACGGAAUAAUGGUGGGAGGACCGGUGCUGAGGAUGGACAGUAUGAUGGUGGUAACGACAGCGCGAACAAUACUCUACGUGGUCGAGACAUUUCCAUUGACGAGAAGGAGGCGGCGGCUAUCGAAUCGCAGCUUUCACCGGAACAGCUACAGCUCUUUGCGCAGGAGAACGAUGGCAUGCUGAAGUAUUACGAGGACACGCUCGGGAAGGUCCAGAAUGCGGAAAAAUCGCUACUGGAAAUAUCCUCCUUGCAGCAAACUUUGGUUGCCCAUCUAGCUACCCAGGAAGAUUACAUCAACCAGCUCGUCACAGAUGCAGAUACAACGCAUACUAAUGUCGGAAGAGGUAACAAGGAGCUCAAGAGGGCCAGUGAACGACGGAGUGAAGCUCAGAUGGUUUUUUGGGCCACAGUCGUUCUUUGCGUGUGGCUUAUUUUAUGGGAUGCCAUCUUUUAA